CGUUUUGCGGUGCUGCGGCGGCAGUCGUCGUCAGAGAGCUCCCGUAGCGCGAGCGAGUGGCGACUUCGACGUGAACCACGGCCGCAAAAGAGGUCGUUGACGCCACCGCCGCAGAGGACUUCGCUGAGCAGCGGACUCUGAAUGAGCCAGUAAAGUGAUCGGCCGGCAGCAGACCCAACAUGAACCGUUUCGCGCGCCUAGACGUGGCUAGCAGACGAUGGCACGUCUUGAGGCUGCAGCGAAUGAACUACUCUGGGGGAUUCUCCAAAGAUCUCGUAGAUGCAGCUUCUAAAGAAGACCAAAGGCUCUCCACACUCGUCGACGCAUACAGGAAGCACGGUCAUAAAAUUGCAAAAAUCAAUCCCAUCGCCUCGACACCUUCGACACAAUAUGUCAAGGACCUCGAACUACAAACACACAGGCUCACCCCUACAGAGACUGUAUGUGGACAAAAAGUCGAAAGUAUCACAGAAAACGUGAGGGCCGCUUACUGUGGUCCGCUUGGCCUGGAGUUCAUGCACAUGGAAGAGGAGAGAAGAACAUGGUUUGCGGAUCGCUACGAAAGUCUCGUUAGUCAAGGAAGACCACCUGUUGAAAAGCGCAAGAAGAUGGCCGAGAUUUUGCUGAAGUCGCAGGUGUUCGAUAACUUCUUGGCGGCAAAGUUUUCGACCGUGAAAAGGUACGGUGGAGAAGGUGCCGAAAGCAUGAUGGCUUUCUUCUACGAGCUGUUCUGCCAUGCUCCGAAAACUGGAGUAACGGACAUCGUUGUGGGAAUGCCUCACAGGGGUCGGCUUAACCUGCUCACUGGACUUUUCGACUUCCCACCAGUGCAAGUAUUCCAGAAGAUGAAAGGCAUGCCUGAAGUUCCUGCAGGCAUCAAGGGUUCUGGAGAUGUACUGUCGCACCUGAGCACAUCAGUGGAUCUUCAAGGUUACCCAGGCCCUUUGCACGCUACUCUGUUGCCAAACCCAUCGCAUUUGGAGGGUGUGAGUCCCGUGGCAGUGGGAAAAGCACGAGCCCGCAUGCAAAGCUUAGAUCCUGUCAAGUACUCCCAGUCCAGGGCUGCCUGGGGUGGCCAAUUUCCAGCGCUGGCAGUCCAGAUCCACGGCGACGCAUCGUUUACCGCCCAGGGCGUCAUCAUGGAAAACGUGACCAUGUCGCGACUUCCGGAGUUUACCGUGGGAGGCUCCAUCCACUUAGUGGUCAACAAUCAGAUUGGAUUCACCACACCAUCUUCGUACGGCAGGUCUUCGCCUUAUGUCAGUGAUAUCAUGAAGAUGAUUGACGCUCCCGUAAUACAUGUAAAUGGAGAUGAUCCAGAGGCUGUGGCCUUGGCAACUCAGCUGGCAAUGGAGUUUCGAGAGAAGUUUAAGGACGACGUGCUUCUGGACAUGCUCUGUUUCCGGCGUUGGGGUCACAAUGAGAUGGAUGACCCCACGUUCACAAACCCACUCAUGUAUGACCUGAUCCAUGCCAGGGACAGUGUUCCGAAUGACUAUGCGAAACGGCUACAGAACGAAGGAAGCCUUGAUGCUGCCGAAAAGCAGAAAAUUGUGGACGAACACAUGGCGUUCCUGAGUGAACAGUUCAAGCUCAUUGAAAGCUACACUCCACCGUUCAGCCGGCUUCAAGGCAGGUGGAGUGGAAUCUCUCAAGCUCCUUCGGCCAUCACCUAUUGGGACACGGGUGUCAACUCGGAUCUGCUGAAGUACGUGGGUGCCAGGUCCGUGCAUGUGCCUCGUGGAGUGACCGUUCAUCCUCACCUAGUCAAACAUCACGUCAACGAUCGGCUUCAGAAAAUCCAGCAGGGCCGAGGUAUCGAGUGGGCCACAGCAGAAGCACUCGCUCUGGGAUCCUUGUUAUACCAGGGCUUCAACGUUCGCUUCUGCGGCCAGGAUGUUGGCCGCGGCACAUUCAGUCAUCGACAUGCCAUCCUUGUGGACCGCAACACUGAGCAACGCAUCGUUCCUCUCAACAACCUGGGUCUUCCGCCUCAGUGGGGCCGACAGGGAUACUUUGAGGUCGUAAACAGUCCCUUGUCAGAAGAGGCUGUGCUUUCGUUCGAGUAUGGCUUCAGUCUGGAAACCCCAAAGACCCUGGUGGUAUGGGAAGCCCAGUUCGGGGACUUCCACAACAGUGCGCAAGUGGUGAUCGACACAUUCGUUACAUCCGGUGAAGCCAAGUGGUUCCUGCAGAGUGGGAUGGUUGUCUUGCUGCCACACGGCUUUGAUGGAGCUGGCCCUGAACACUCCUCAUGUCGUAUUGAAAGGUUCCUGCAGAUGACUGACAGCAAGGAAGAUGCCGUGGACGGUGACGACAUCAACUUUGGCUUUGUGAACCCAACGACACCGGCUCAGUAUUUCCACCUCCUGAGGAGACAGAUGGUGAGGAACUUCCGGAAGCCCCUGGUGAUGGCUUCUCCAAAGAUUCUACUGCGUCACCCCGAGGCCACGUCCACCCUGGAGGACAUGGCGCCCGGAAAAAUGUUCAUGCCCGUCCUCUCAGACCCGCAGCCCAGGCUAAACGCCUGCAGAGUGUUGCUGUGCAGUGGCAAGCACUACUACGCGCUGGCCAAGCAUCGGACUGAGCUGCGCAGGGACGAGGACACUGCCAUCGUCCGGCUGGAGGCUCUGUGCCCCUUCCCAGCCAAAGAGCUUGCAGAUGAGCUUGCCAAGUACACUCAGGCCAAAGAGUUCUUUUGGUGCCAGGAGGAGCACAGAAACAUGGGCGCAUGGUCUUUCAUUCAACCACGUGUCCAGAAUAUUCUGGGGAGACAGCUGAAGUAUGCUGGCCGCGCAAACUUGGGCGUCCCUGCGGUCGGCGUGGGACAAAUACACCAAAAAGAGUGCCAGGAAAUUUUGCAGAAGGCUUUUGACAGCUGAUGUGGCCGAAGCUUAGCAUCGUUCUCGGCGUGCGUGGCAUUAUGUUCGAACUGAACCGUUGUGACGUUGCACGGCCUUGCGUUCUUCGUGGACAUUCCGAGCACCAAGUGUCUCUAUACCCUGUGCAGCUGUGUUUUAAAUCUUUUCUGAUAAAAAAUAUAUUUUUAAUAUACAAGAUAAUAAUGUGCAAGUAUAUCUGCUUGUUCCUCUUUUCAGAACAAGGACAUCUGGUAAACCCGUACAAAGUUCAUCCCCAUUCACCCAUCCACCUUGCAGCUUUCAGAGAGUCGCUGUGCCUUUAGAGCAUCUCAUUUUAUGUCAUGAUCUUGUGUGGACAGUUUUUUUGACGUGAAGCCUGUGCACUGUGCAAUAACAAGCAGUCGAAAAUGAAAACUUGUCUUGAAUCUUGAAUCAGUACAAAGUUAACCCUAAUCGCCUCGCUGCUUUCAAAGAAUUGUUUGACUUUGGAUUGUGCUAUUUUAUUGCACGAUCAUGUGCAGGGAAGUUUGCUGAACUUCCAAGUUUCUUCUCUUAUGCAACUGAAACGUGGCAUUUUAUCUCAUGGCUGUGUAUGUAUUGGCAGCGAUUGUCGUGAAACUCGUACAUUAAGCAACAAAAAAAACACACAAUCAUAAUGAAUAAUUUUGAUAUAGAUUAGUACAAAGUUCAGCCAUGUGAUGUUGCAGCUGUCGGAGAGUUACUGUGUUUUCAGAGUGUGCCAUUUUAUUUCGCCUACUGGCAGUGCUUGUCAAGAAACUCCUACAUCAAGCAAUAACAACAAAAAAAGUCAGAAAGAAAACAUUUGAUAAUUCAGUACAAAGCUCAGCCCUGUGAUGAUGCAGCUUUCAGAAAGUUGCUGUGCCUUCAGAAUGUGCCAUUUUAUCCCAUGACCAGUGUAUUCACAUGAAAGCUGUUAAUUGCGCUAAUAAAAAAUUUGUGAAUGUUC